ACCAAUACAACAAGCAACGAUUACUGAACAACGCGCAAUCAAGAGCGCUUAUAAAAUGGAUAAAUCAACUCACCGAGUGAGGCCUACCAUCUAAGGAUUCAAUGCUCGUCAACUUUGCAAGACAAAUAUCUGGUAAAGAGCCUGGGAAAAACUGGGCUUCACGCUGGAUAAAGGCUCAUUCGGAUAAAAUGAUCUCUCGCUAUUCUUCAAGCCUCGAUUCGGAUAUGAAAAAGGCAGAUGCUUUUUUACAGCCUCGGAGUCAGGAUGGACCAAUAAUGAGCUCGGAUAUCGCUGGUUGGUGAAUGUUUUUGAUAAAGAGACAACAUCCCAAGCAAGCCGGGGAUGGCGCCUUCUUAUCCUCGAUAGGCAUGGAUCCCACGUUACAAUGAAGUUUAUUGAAUAUUGUGAUUCGAAUAGGAUAUUAUUGGCAAUAUUUCCGACACAUGCAUCGCAUACUUUACAGCCUCUUGAUGUCGCUAUUUUCUCGCCUCUUUCUAACGCUUAUACAAAGCAAUUGGACGAUUUUAUAAACGAUAGUCAAGGAUUUACUCGGCUCACCAAACGUGACUUUUUUCGGCUUUUUCGGGCUAGUUGGAAUGAGGUUUUUACAAGCAAGAAUAUCAACUCAGCGUUCAAGCACACCGGUCUAUAUUCUUUCAAUCCGGAGAUUGUUAUACAAAAAUUUAGCAAGAAAAUCGCGAGUCGGCCAUUGUCAAGUUUACCUUCAGAACAAGAUGGUGGAGCACUUUUUAUGAGCCCUACAAAAGUUCAGCAAGCUCGUGGUAUUAUUUCUCAAAAAAAUGACGAAGCCGUGCAGGAGCAGGCUCGUAAAGAUGAUAAAAAGCUUCGACAACAACUAGCAAAGCAAGCCAAAGAGGCUGAAAAGAUUGAAAGAGCUCGAAUCCAGCAAGAAAAACGUGAACAGCGCGAGCAAGAGGCUGCGGAAAAGCAACGCGUUAAGAACGAGCAAGAACUAGCUAAGCUCGCUUAUUUACAGGUUCAAAAAGACGUUAUAUCAACUCCCAAGGCCUCAAAACGGCCAACAAAAGCAAGUUUCCAUGCAAGCGCAGCCAAAAGCGCAUCCUGA